ACCCUUAUUUAAAUGUGCUUAGUUUCUUUUACUUCCACUAGCUUCCAUCUCCCCAUAUUAAUGCUUAUUGCCUUCUCUUCUCUUCUCUUCUCUCUCUCUCUUAUCAUACUUUCAAGUCACUCUAUUUGCAGUUUUACUUGCUACCUGUCUCCUCCAAUUCUAGGGUUUUCUAAUUUUCUCAUCCCAAAUAACCAAAAAAAAUAAAUAGAUAAUCAAAACUCUAGUGGCUACCAUGCUCUUACAAGAAUCAAGGUACAUAUAGCUUAUUGAAAGACUUUGCAACUACCAAAAGGAAAAUUAAGGUGGAAUGUCGGAUAUACUUAAAGGCAGCACACAGGCAAAUUAGAUGGCUUCUUCAAGCAGCUACUCCAACCCUCCAUGUGCAGCUUGCAAAUUCUUGAGAAGAAAAUGUUUGCCAGGUUGCAUCUUUGCUCCUUAUUUUCCUCCAGAAGAGCCACAAAAAUUCGCCAACGUACACAAAAUAUUUGGUGCAAGCAACGUAAGUAAACUCCUGAACGAAAUUCAAGCUCACCAAAGAGAGGACGCGGUUAACUCUCUAGCUUAUGAAGCUGAAGCGCGUAUGAAGGAUCCAGUUUAUGGUUGUGUUGGCGCGAUUUCAGUUCUGCAAAGACAAGUUAUACGCCUUCAGAAAGAACUUGAUGCUACUAAUGCUGAUUUAAUGCGAUAUGCUAAUCGCGAAGUGAACAAUCAACAAAGGAAUUUGAAUUAUGGGAGAAGUGGAAUUGAUCAAACUCAUUAUGGAUACUGUGUUCCAAGUUAUAUUCCUCCUAAUACUACAUGGAACAACCCUGAGGCAGAUGAUGAUAGUAACAUGUGAAAUUUAUGUUCCAGUCAUGAUGUUUUGAUCAGUACUAGUACUUGUUUAAUUUGUGUGAUGCUAUAUAUAUUUAUAUAGCUAUUGAUAUAACUAAUAACGUGUUGAUCAUUAUUAUUAAUUGCUCCUUAUUGAAUGGGCAAUUAAGUGCUUCCGUAUUGUACAAAAGCUGAAUUAUAUAUAUAUAUAUAUAUGGUGAUGGUGAUUUGGG